CGGCAGGGGGCGGAGGGACGGAGGGAAGAUGGCGGCUGAGGCCGGAUAUUGGCGCCGCCUCCCCCAGUCGCGGAGCCGGCGCAGAUGAGGCGGCUUGGCUGGGGCCAGCGGCGCUUCGCAACCCGAGCCGGGGGGACCCUGGCGGUGGGGCCUGGCCCUGCUCUAUGCCGGCGCCUCGGCUAGUGUGAGCCGCGGCGGUAACGCCUCUCUCCCCCCCCAACCCCCCACCCGCGCUUCCCCUGCGGCUUGGGAGUCGGAGCGGGCGGCGCGGCCGGCAUGGAGGACGUUAACUCCAAUGUGAACGCGGACCAGGAGGUGCGGAAGCUGCAGGAGCUGGUGAAGAAGCUGGAGAAGCAGAACGAGCAGCUCAGGAGCCGCUCGGGAGCCGUGCAGGGCGCAGGCCAACUCGGGCCCGGCAGCCCCGCUCGGAUCGGUGUGUCCACCCCUUGCUCGGGCGCGGCGUCCCCUCGGGGCUUCCCGCUGGGCCUGGGAGCCAAGGCCGGCGGCGGGGCGGGCUCGGGCCCGCGGCGGAGCAGCAGCGAGGACCUGCGGGACGCCACCUCGUUGCUGGCGGCAGGCGAGGGCGGCUUGCUGGACGAGGUCGAGCCGCUGCGGCCCGACGAGCUGGAGCGACUGUCAGGCUGGGAGGAGGAAGAGGAGAGCUGGUUGUACUCAUCACCAAAGAAAAAACUCACACCAAUGCAGAAAUCUGUUAGUCCAUUAGUUUGGUGCAGGCAAGUUUUGGAUUACCCAAGUCCUGAUGUGGAGUGUGCUAAAAAGUCCCUUAUCCACAAACUUGAUCAAACUAUGUCAGCUCUCAAGAGGCAAAAUUUAUACAAUAAUCCUUUCAACUCUGUGAGUUAUUCAAGUCCUUAUAGUCCAAAUGCCAGUAGCCCUUACAGCAGCGGCUUCAACUCUCCAUCCUCAACACCAGUGCGACCCCCCAUAGUCAAGCAGCUAAUACUUCCUGGAAAUUCAGGUAACUUCAAAAGUUCAUCAGACAGAAACCCUCCACUCAGCCCUCAGUCCUCUGUAGAUAGUGAGUUAAGUGCUUCCGAAUUAGAUGAAGACUCCAUUGGAUCCAACUAUAAGCUAAAUGAUGUAACUGAUGUGCAGAUUCUAGCCCGGAUGCAGGAAGAAAGUCUCCGGCAAGAGUAUGCAGCCACCACCUCUCGACGCAGUUCUGGCUCAUCAUGCAAUUCUACAAGGCGAGGCACUUUUAGUGAUCAGGAACUGGAUGCACAGAGCUUGGAUGAUGAAGAGGAUAGUAUGCAUCAUGCAGUUUACCCUGCCGUUAGCAGGUUUUCUCCAUCACCACGGAAUUCACCCCGACCGUCUCCUAAGCAGUCACCUCGAAACUCACCUCGUUCACGCUCUCCUGCCCGGGGAAUAGAGUAUAGCCGAGUGUCCCCACAGCCCAUGAUUAGCCGUUUGCAGCAGCCUCGCCUUUCCCUCCAAGGCCAUCCCACAGAUUUACAGACAAGCAAUGUCAAAAAUGAAGAAAAACUUAGACGCAGUCUUCCAAACCUCUCCCGAACAUCGAACACGCAGGUUGACUCAGUGAAAAGCAGCAGAAGUGACUCUAAUUUUCAAGUGCCAAAUGGAGGAAUACCUCGAAUGCAGCCUCAGGCUUCAGCCACAGCUUCUCAAAGGCUGAAAAGUUUGCCUCGUUCUUCCCUCAAAGCCAAACAGUUGCUUCCACCUUCAUCUACAAAAAGAGUACCUUCUCCAGGCAAGUUCCGCUCCCCUGCAGCACCAUCUCCAUUGGCUCUUCGUCAACCAGUGAAAGCAUUUAGUAACCAUGGCUCUGGUUCUGGUAGCCAAGAAACUACACAGUUCACACAAACCACCUCCUCGCCUGGGCCUCCCGUGGUGCAGAACACAGUCCCAGCAAACCCGUCCAGCAAUAUCAACAGCGCCACUCUAACCAGACCUGCAGGGACAACCGCGAUGAGGAGUGGCCUGCCCCGGCCGAGCGCCCCUUCUGCAGGGGGCAUACCAGUGCCUCGUAGCAAGCUUGCACAGCCUGUUCGCAGAUCAUUGCCAGCUCCUAAGACCUAUGGUAGCAUGAAAGAUGACAGUUGGAAAGAUGGCUGCUACUGACCAGCAGAGACGAGGAUGCAGAGGUCCACAGCUUCAUGGAUACCCCUCACCGAGCUGAAACCAACUUUUAUAUGCAGAAUCUUCAGAUGAUACUCUUGGGGGUUAUAAACUCCAGCCUCUCUGUCUUAACUAGCACAAACUUGACAGAGACAGCGAAGCAGCACUUUAGUACCACGUGACAUCAGUUAUGUUUGGUGAUCAUGCAAUCGCUCCACGGAGUCACUCUUAGUUUUGUUCACUAGAAACACGGUUCAUGUUUUGUUGACAGAGGCCAAUAUCUGGGCAAAUACCUAAUGGAUGCCAAAGAGAAAUGCCCAUUUGUAAAGAGAGAACCUUUCUACAUGGGAAGAUGGGGAAUUCAGGCUAUCCAAAACCUCAACCUACUUUACUGUACAAGUAGUAUCAAUAAAUAUUGUGUUAAGAAGAACUAAUAUUCUGACUAAUUAAAUUGUUGUAUUAGUCCUUCAGGAUACAGUAAUUAUAAAGAUUGGGAGGAAGGAAGGAAGAACCUCAGCUAAAGAGCUAAAACAUGCUACCUGUGUGGGAGAAAGUUUUGUAAGUUGCUUUUGCAACUUGGGAAAAUUAUCAUUCUUUUAAAUCUUAUGUUUUAGAGAUAGCUCACAUAUAGCCACGUCCAGAUGGUAUCACAGGGCACGCCUUGCAUCAACAUCCCAGACUCGCGUGUGCUUGUUUUGAUUGCCAAAAGGGCUUACUAUCAGUUACACAAUCCUUCUAAACUGUAUGUUCCUGGCUCAGGAAAGAUGGCCUUUGCUAUUGAAGCCAGCUUACUCACUUGCUGUUUUCUGUCACAGAACUAAACCAUUACCAGGUUCCUUUGAUGUAAAGAACAGUUACAUGUAUCUUUGUUCUUGAUAAAAUAACACCUCAGAACUUACAACCUGGAAUAAAACCAUACCGCAAGAGGAAGGGAAAUCUAUGCACCUAACUACAAAAAUCUCUGGUGAUGACAGUUGUGUUGUUGCUCUUACAUGGCAUAACGGUCUGUUAUGUGGUAGUCAGUCCACUUGAAACUGAAUAACUGUAUGAAGUACCUUUUUAAAAUACUGUCCCUUUUGACUUAAGAUUCUGCCUUACAUCAAUGUUUGCAUUGUUUGCUAUCAAACCAUCUGACUAUAAUUUGCUAAGUAUUUGCUUUCAAAUGGCAUAUGUGUAUAUAUAUUCCCUUGAAAUCAGCUGUUUAGGUUUUAUUGGAUUAUUACCAAACUAUAAUUCCAGCUGACUUCUCAGUUUUGAUAAUGAGGUCUAUUUUUUUUU